UAACGUCAAAACAGUCGCCUAACCUCACAAGUGGGUGUCAGUUUGAAAUUUCAAAAACAACAUAUGGAAAAACAAAAUUUGCAAAUUAUGACAACAUUAUGGCCUUUAUUUUAUAUAAUGUUCGUAAGCGCCUUCACUACUUUGCCAUUUUCGCUUUUGGCAUAGCAGUUUUUUUAUUUUUUUCGUGGCGUCACAUUUGGAACCCACACGAUUUCGACAAUGGGCAAAAAUGGGUGGAGGAAAACCCAUUGCCACUUAAGUCUUCCAAGAAAACUUCAAGUACAAAACUGUUUAAUUUAAAUUUUCGAUAUAUACUCAGUGCAGAUUCUUGUUCGAAUGAUCUGCUGGCUGUGAUUAUUGUAACUUCACAUUACAACAAUGUGGAAACACGAAGUUCAAUGCGAAGGGCGUUUUCGGGCGAAGAAUUAGCAGCUGCCAAAAUGAAGAGAGUGUUUCUUCUUGGGCAAACCGCAGACAGUGUGUACAUGACACAAGCUUCCAUUUUACACGAAAGUAAGAGAUUUGGGGACAUUAUCCAGGGCAAUUUUCAAGAAGCGUACAGAAAUCUGACCUAUAAGCACGUAAUGGGGCUGAAAUGGGUGAGUGAAAAUUGUCAGUCUGCAAAAUAUGUGAUAAAAAUGGAUGAUGAUAUUGUGUUCAACAUUCAGAGAAUAAUAGAUUUGUUAAAUGAUGUACCCCUUCCAAAAAAUUCGAUCUCAGGGUAUAUUUUACGAGACCUGAAACCCAUUCGCGAGCCCGCAAAUAAGUGGUAUGUAACUCAAGAGGAAUAUCAAUUUUCCAAAUACCCUUCGUUUGUUUCUGGGUGGUUUUAUGUCACAACUCCCAAAAUUGCAUCAAAGCUGGUAUUAUUGUCUCAUUAUUUUAAGUAUUUUUGGAUUGAUGAUGUUUAUGUCACUGGGGUUUUAACAAAAAAUUUGAAAAUAAAGUUGUACGAAUUACGCAAAUAUUUUACUUUGUAUGCAGAGUUUUUGCGAUGUUGUAUCUCUGGCGUGAAGAAGAGGUUAGAGUGUGAUAUUUUGGUGGGGCCAAAUGGGGGCGACAACAAUCUGUUUUAUGAAUUUAAUGAAGCUAUGAAAAUUUGUGAGUUUGAGACUUGCAAUAAGCGUCUGAGACCAAUGAAUGAGACUUGUGUUGCUGAGAAAAAAAUUAAUCUUAGGGGAGGGAGUGGAAUCAUUGAAAGUUACAAGCUCCACUAAAUUUUAGAAAGCAAUAAAAAAUACGAUCAAGGACAGCUAAUUUCAAAGUUUGAGUUCAUCAAAGACAAACUUUCAAAAAUCCAUGGCUGUCUUUCAGCGUGUUUUUUAUUGCUCUCUCGAUAUAUUCGUAUCAAUAAUUGUUGGGUCGUAGACGGCCAGGAAACAAACGUAUGAUUCUACACAUUUUUUACUUUCAUAAGGAACUCAAAAUGUGAUAAUUGUACACAAAUUUUAAAAUUUUAAUAUAGUAGUAUAGUAUAAAAUUUUCAAACGUUAUGUUAUGUAAUGAACGAGAUAUAUAUUAUACCAGGUGAACGAUAUUGGCUGCAGUAAAUCAUGUGUUAUCAUUUAGGGCUCAUUCACAUCGAAUGUAAAUUUAAACGUAAUUUGUUACAAAGACGAUCUUGUUUACAUUUAAUAUAAGACAUAAGUGGGAUUUAUAAACUUGCUGUUGACGUUGAAGUUCUCGUUGCAGUUGCUCUUCCCGCUGACGUUGCUUUUAGAGGUGAAAAUUAUCAUUUAUAAACUCCGUUGUCAAGUUGCCGUAUUUAAAGGGGUUGUAGAAGAAACGUGCAGGAUUUAAGGUGAUCACUACAAAAAUUUACCAUUUUAGACAAGUUUUAAGUUUCUUGUUGUCGAAAUAAGUCUACACAUAUUAAUAAAAAAAAGGCAAAAUGUGGGCCCCACCCACCCGCCCUAUCUCAAUUGUGAUGAUUUUUUUAUUCGUUGUGAGCCAAGAAGGCGGAGCGUAACUGCAAAAUCCUUUAUUUCUCUACGAAAAAUUAAAAUCAUGUUUUUUAGUAUCGUGUUGUUCAAAGAAUACUAUGUACAUACAUUAAGAAAAAAAUAAAGGCAAAGAUUAGGCGCCACCCAUACCCGCUCCGAUCUCAAUUCUCGAUUGUGAUGAAUUUUUCAUUCGUUGUCAAUCGAGGGGAGGGGCUUAAUUGCAAAAACCAUAUUUGUUUAUAAAAAUUUACCAUCUUAAACAUGUUUUAAGUUUCUUGUUCUGAAAAGACUACUACGUAUAUUAAGAAAAGAGGUAAACAUAAGCCCCGCCCA